CGCCUCGAGUGGGCCGAGACCGAGGCGGCCUGCACCAGCGCCGACGAGCUGGAGCGGGAGCGGAGCAAGCUGUCGGUAGACACUCUGCAGUUCCUGCUGUUCCUGUACGUCCAGCAAGUGAACAAGGUUUCUCUGCGAAGGUCUCUGAUCGGGGAGGAAUGGCCCAGCCCCAGGACCAAGUCUCCCAGCCUGACUGGAAAAUCCACCAGUGAGAAUAAGAACUGGAACGAUCAAGACCACCGCGCCUUUGUGCAGAGCCACCUCUUGGAUAUGCUGGAACUCCUGCUGGAGCCGGAGCAGCUCACUGCCUCCUCCCAUUCCACCCACAGUAGCUUGGUAUCCUAUGAAGCCGUCUGUGCCCUCAGCUUUCUUAUUGAAGGGACUGUGAACAAAUCCAGGACGGUCCAUCCUCUGCAUGAGCUUGCUCUCUGGCAGCCCUGUCACGGGCAGAACGGCUACUCAAAGGUCUCCAGAGCCUUCUCUUUCCCCAAGCUAGAGAGCUGGCUGCGCUCUUGCCUGACGACAAACCCUUUUGGAAUGACUGCCUGCCUCAAGUCUGGGAAGAAACUCGCGUGGGCACAGCAAGUUGAAGGAACAACCAGGAGAGCAAAGAUUGCCUGCAAUACUCGUGUGGUGCCUGAGGUGUUCCCCAUGGUGAUAAUGAGCCAAGUGUACAAGCAGACGCUGGCCAAGAGUUCGGACACCCUGGUGGGGGCUCACGUAAGAAUUCAUCGCUGCAACGAGUCCUUCAUUUAUCUCCUCUCUCCUCUCCGAUCUGUGACCAUUGAGAAGUGCCGGAAUAGCACUUUUGUCCUUGGCCCUGUGCAGACGUCUGUUCACGUCCACAGCUGUGACAACGUCAAGGUCAUUGUGGUUUGCCAUCGUUUGUCCCUUUCUUCCACUGCUGGCUGUACUUUUUACAUUCUCACGCCUACCCAGCCUCUCAUCCUCUCAGGGAACCAAGCAGUCAGCUUUGCCCCUUUCCACACCCAUUAUCCGAUGCUUGAAGACCACAUGGCUCAGGUGGGCUUGGCCACUCUGCCAAACUACUGGGACAAUCCCAUGUUGGUGUGCAAGGAGAGCAGUGAUACAAGUGUCUUCCGCCUCCUGCCGCCCUCGGACUUCUACACCUUUGUGAUUCCUUUUGAGAUGGAAGGAGACACCACGGAGACACCGGGUGGACUUCCCCAUGCGUAUCAGAAGGCGCUGAGUCAGCGAGAGCAGAAGGUACAGAUCUGGCAGAAAACUGUGAAGGAGGCAGGCCUGACCAAGGAUCAGAGGAAGCAGUUCCAGAUACUGGUAGAAAAUAAAUUCUAUGAAUGGCUGGUUCAGACAGGGAACCGUCAGCAGCUGGAUAGCCUUGUCCCUCCUGCAGCGGGCUCCAAGCAGGCAGCAGGAUAACGUCACGUGCAGCAAAAGGAAAGGAGGG